GAUUCAAUCGUUGGAGAGAAAAAGAGAAAGGAUAAAAUGUGCAAGUUCAGCUAAAACAAACAGGCCUAUUGGAACGUGCAGGUGCGAUUACCGACGCAGUUCACGUCGUUCUCUAGUUCUCCACUUAUCGGCGGAUGUUCAUCGGAUUCGUCUACUGAAUGGCGUCGGGUCGACGGGUUCCAAGUGUUUCACGACGGCGCGGGCGCUGCGUUUCCCGCGUCGCGUUACUCCGUGACUGCCUAUCUUGGGUUUAUGUGUGUGCCGGCUGUUUCAAGCAUCAAAACAAACUCGCGAGGCUCUCGCCACGAUUACUCCGGACCGAUAUUAAAUAAUCCGCCGACGUUUAAACAACCAGCACGACAUGAGUCGCAGGAAAAGAGCAAAGGUGGAGUACAGAGAAAUGGAGGAAAAGUAUAAUCAGCUGGAAGACGAGAAUGCCUCGGAUACAUCAGAGAAAUCUAAAACUGGCCUCGUAACACCUGAGAAGAAAGCUCCCCUGGAGGCAAAAAAGGAAUCUGAGUCUACAGUGCCUGCUCCUGUACCUUCCGCCUCAAAAGCCGAGAUUAAGGAAGAUGAUGAUCAAGAGAGCGAUCACGAAGAUCCACAUGUGAAGGCAUUGUUGAAUGGAUUGGAAGGCGCAGCCUUUCAAAGCCGUCUUCCAUUUGAUAAAUUGACAUCCACCGAAGCUGCUUGUUUCCCCGACAUCUCCGGUGGACCGCCGCAAACACAGAAAGUGUUCUUACAUAUUAGAAAUAGACUUUUGCAAAUUUGGCUGGAAAAUCCUAAGCAACAGUUAAUCAUCGAAAAUGCAUUGCCGCAAAUUGAAUCGCCUUAUAAUAGUGAUACAGUGCUCGCUCGUAGGAUUCAUGCCUUUUUAGAGCGACAUGGUUUCAUAAAUUUCGGAAUGUUUAAACGUCUUAAGCCCUUGCCAACCAAAAAAUUAGGUAAAGUCAUUGUAAUAGGGGCUGGUAUUGCUGGAUUGGCAGCAGCUCAACAAAUGCAACAAUUCGGCUUAGAAGUAAUUGUGUUGGAAGCUAGAGAUCGCGUUGGUGGACGAAUCGCCACGUUCCGUAAAUCAAAUUAUAUUGCGGAUUUGGGAGCUAUGGUGGUCACGGGUCUAGGUGGAAAUCCUGUAACGACUCUUAGUAAACAAAUUAAUAUGGAACUCCAUAAGAUACGACAAAAGUGUCCGUUGUACGAAAGCGACGGCCAAACGGUUCCUAAAGAUAAAGAUGAAAUGGUUGAGAGAGAAUUUAACAGAUUACUCGAAGCAACUUCUUAUCUCUCGCAUCAACUGGAUUUCAAUUACGUAAAUAGUGCAGGAUCUGGAGGGCAAGGGGGUAAUACGCGUCCAGUAUCUUUAGGCCAAGCAUUAGAAUGGGUAAUACGUUUACAAGAACAGGGCGUAAAGCAGCGUCAAGUAGCGCAUCUGCGGUCUGUACUCUCGUUGCAAGGACGGCUAAUCACUAAUCAGCAUAGAAUGAUCUCUAUUAUGGAUCGUUUAAUGGAAUUGAAUAAACAAUACAAGGAAAUGACAGAAAGUAAAUCACAAACUCGAGAUAUAACACAGGAAUUCGUGCUCCGAUCUAAGCUGCGUGAUCUCCAUAAUGCUUGCAAGGAGUGGGAUCAGUUAUCAGAUCAACAGAAAGAAAUCGAAGCAAAAUUACAAGAGUUAGAGGCAUCACCUCCCAGUGACGUCUACUUAUCAUCGAAGGAUCGGCAGAUAUUGGAUUGGCAUUUUGCAAACUUGGAGUUUGCCAACGCAACGUCCUUGUCAAACUUGAGUUUGAAGCAUUGGGACCAAGACGACGAUUUCGAAUUCACUGGAAGUCAUCUAACCGUUCGCAACGGUUAUUCUUGCGUACCUGUUGCUCUCUCGGAAGGACUUGAUAUUCGAUUGAACAUAGCUGCCAGGGCGGUGCGAUAUGGGUCAAAUGGCGUAGAAGUAUGGGCCGCACCCGCCCGCAGUCCGCACACAAAUCACACCGUUUAUAAAGCAGACGCCGUUCUGGUUACGCUACCUCUCGGUGUCCUCAAGACUUCCGCGCCGCCGUCCGGAGUCACCUUCAAUCCGCCGCUUCCGGACUGGAAGUCCCAGGCCAUUCAACGACUCGGCUUUGGCAAUUUAAAUAAGGUAGUGCUAUGCUUCGAGCGCAUUUUCUGGGAUCCAACAGCCAAUUUGUUCGGCCACGUGGGAAGUACCACCGCGUCGCGCGGCGAGCUCUUCCUAUUCUGGAACUUAUACAAGGCGCCGGUCCUAUUGGCUCUCGUCGCCGGUGAAGCGGCUUGCGUAAUGGAAAAUGUCAGUGACGAUGUUAUCGUCGGCCGUUGCAUCGCCGUUCUGAAAGGAAUUUUUGGGAACCAAGUGGUACCGCAACCGCGCGAAAGCGUCGUGACGAGGUGGCGGGCGGAUCCUUGGGCACGAGGAUCCUACAGUUUCGUCGCGGUCGGCAGUUCCGGCAGCGAUUACGAUCUCCUAGCGGCACCGGUGUCACCUCCGCACCUGCUCAAUCAACCCCCGCCGCAGCCGAGAGUGUUCUUCGCGGGAGAGCACACUAUACGGAAUUAUCCAGCCACCGUACAUGGCGCGUUCCUCAGCGGCCUUCGUGAGGGUGGACGGAUAGCCGAUCAACUCUGUGGAAGUCCUUACGCACCACCAGCAAUGGCAGCUUCCGUUCCGCCAGCGACAGGGAUCACGCCAGCAAAUACCGGCAGCAGUUCGACGCCUUAAUAUUUUCACAUCGACUAUGUUUCGUUUUUGUCUUUCUGUGAGCGAGGAAACUCCGAGGAUGGCCAUUCACGGGAGAAAGCUCUUCGUCGAAGCUCUUCUGGAACAAGCUACAAAGAGAUAAUUCUCCGCGAUAAUUCCAAGUCGAGCGACAACUUGGCGACAAGAACCCAUUAAUUCGCUAUAAUUUUCGCAACUUAUAUGUGAUCGUUUUCGAUGAAUGAUUUAACUCGUUACGAUUAAGUUCGAUUGAAAGAAUUAAAUGGAAAGGAUGAUUUGGAAACGCUCAAUUUUUCAUAGCACUACAUUUGUCGAAUAUAUAUACACACAGGUAUACAGCUUACAAAUAUUUUAUUUAUUGUCAUCAAUAUGAGACAAGAAUAAAACAUGUAUAUGUACAGUAAGGUGCAAUAAUUCGGCUGGGCCGUAGUAACUGACUUAUCGGCGUAAAAAAAUGCAAAAUAAAAUGAAAAUAGAGAACUAGUUACUUCUUAUUCUUCCCGUUAUACAUUUUAAUAUUUCGAUGAACCGCGUACGUGUUGAUUAUGAAAGACCCAUAGGUUGAUAGUCAAACUACUACGAAUCAGCGAAUUAAUGCACCUUACUGUACAUAUGUAUGUAUAUGUAUAUUUUACUUUAUAUUAUAUAACUUAUUUAUCCAUGUGAAUAUAAGUGAUUGCUUGAUCAAAGUGAUCGCUGUUUUCACAUUUUCUCAUAACCAGUAAUGCUCUUUAUGACAAUUUCCCAGUGUUUAUAUAAUUAUGCUUCCGUUAUUUACUUUAUCUAUCAUGAUUCAUGAUCUAACACGAUUCACAUGAUUUGUUGCAUAUUUCUUGCAAUUUUGUACUCUUCUAUAACUAAGAAGUAUUAUUAUUUGUAUAAGUAUACCAAUAUGUUGAUGGAAUAAAUACAAAAUAAAGACAGCGAUGCUCUCGAAA